AUGACACAGAACAGUACUAGUGGAGCAGCAAAAGAUGCAGCUGAUCAGAAUUUUGAUUAUAUGUUCAAAUUGCUUAUUAUUGGAAAUUCAUCUGUAGGAAAGACAUCUUUUCUUUUUCGAUAUGCAGACGAUUCAUUUACAUCAGCAUUUGUUAGUACAGUCGGCAUUGAUUUUAAGGUUAAAACAGUAUUUCGUCAUGAUAAACGUGUUAAAUUACAAAUAUGGGAUACAGCUGGUCAAGAACGUUAUCGUACAAUUACAACUGCUUAUUAUCGUGGUGCCAUGGGUUUUAUCUUAAUGUAUGACAUUACUAAUGAAGAAUCAUUUAAUGCUGUUCAAGAUUGGUGUACACAAAUAAAAAUGUAUUCAUGGGAUAAUGCUCAAGUUGUUUUAGUUGGUAAUAAAUGCGAUUUAGAACAUGAUCGUGCUGUUACACAAGAACGUGGUCAACGACUUGCUGAUCAAUUGGGUCUGGAAUUUUUUGAAACUUCAGCCAAAGAAAAUGUAAAUGUUAAAGUUGUUUUCGAAAGAUUGGUUGAUAUUAUAUUGGAAAAAAUGUCCGAUACACCAGAAGAUGGAAGUGGUACUGGUCAAGGAACUAAUGCAUAUGGAAAUCCAGGAGGUGGAUAUAAUAAAGGAACUACAAGACUUACAGCUAAUGAUUCACAAGCUAAAGGAAAUCAAUGUCAAUGUUAA